UGCAUCUCUUUUUUUUAAGCAGAAGUGAUACUAAUUCACCCACAGUUUUGUUAUGCACCACUGUCAUGAGGAGACCUUCUCAGCUCCUAAAUACGCAUUGAAUACAGAGCAGAACGUUCCAACUCCGUAGAACCAUGAGGUUGAUUUUGUUGCUGGCACUCUGUUCAACGGUCACUCUCCAUAAAAGACAUCACACUACGAAGUGGCAGUGUUCUGUGACAGGGAACAGCACGUAUGUGGAUGUGGAUUGCUCUGACAGGAAUUUAAAAGUAAUCCCUGAGAAGCUCCCUGGGAAUGUGACAGAACUCAACCUUUCUGUAAAUCAAAUCAAAUAUGUGGCGGCAACAACUCUCAAACAUCUAUUAAAUUUAACUCUAAUUGAUUUAAAUAGCAACUGUAUUGAAUACUUUAAUAAUAAGGAGCCUCCAUUUUUACACUGCGAAGGUUUAACUACACUGCUUCUUGACCAUAACAAACUUUCCAAAGUGCCGAGACAACUGCCUGUUACACUAUCUAAUCUGAGUUUGGCAUCAAAUCAAAUCAGUUCUGUUAAGUCAGAGGACUUCUCAAACCUUUCACUCAUCCAAUCCAUCAACCUUGAUGACAACUGUUAUUUUCAUAGCAGCUGUAGCGGCUCCUUGAUUAUAGAAAAUGGGACUUUUCGUAAUCUCAGCAGCUUGACCAACCUCUCCUUGACUAAGAACCGAUUACAGGAAGUCCCCCAGUACUUGCCCAAAUCAAUACAGUUUCUGAAAUUACUUCUUAAUACAAUUGCACACAUAAACCAAUGGGAUUUUAGCGGUUUGACUUCACUGCAGUUUCUUGACCUUUCCGGUAACUGCCCCUUUUGCCCUAACGCCCCAUUCCCCUGUAAGCCCUGUGGAGACAACGGCUUGGAAAUCCACCCCCAGGCCUUUGCCCAUCUAGCCCAGCUGGAGGAACUGCGGCUAUCGGGGAACUCUCUGAAGACUGUGAACUCUACUUGGUUUCGGAACCUCACUCGCUUGCGGUAUCUGUUCCUCUCCUUCAACUUACUCAUCAACGAGAUCCAGACCGGAAGUUUCCUCUCCAUGCUACCACACGUCGAAGUCAUUGACCUGUCCUACAACAACCUCAACAAGGCUCUAUUUCCAAGGUUAACUAUUUCGCAACAUUUUGCGAACAUGACAUCGCUGAGGUCCUUGCACCUUCAAGGCUAUUACUUUUUAAGGCUUCACAGUGACGACCUGAAACCCCUUUACAACUUACGAAAUCUUACUGUGCUGAAUAUGGGAGUCAAUUUCCUCCAGAAGAUAGAUUUCUCCUUUUUGAAAAUGUUUUACAACUUGUCUGUUUUCACGCUAGUUGAAAAUCAACUAACAAGUCUUCCGACACCAGAGUCGAGUUGUUGUCUCACUUGCAGACAAGUCAGGGCAUCUGGACAUAGCGAUCCACCAAUCCUGGACGGUCCACCAAUUCUCUUCAGGCCGUACAUUCAUCGCGAUGAGGACUACCGGCUUUAUCCCCCUGCGAUCAAGCCAGCGUGUAUCAAUGCUGGCAACGUGCUGGACCUCAGCCGGAACUUAUUUUUUGUUAUAAAUCCAACAAAUUUCAACAACACAGAAAACAUUGCCUGUUUCAACCUCUCCUCAAACUCCAUAGGGGGGAUUUUUACUGGCUCUGAGUUCAGCCUUUUUCCAAAACUGAAAUAUCUCGAUUUGUCUCACAACAGGGUUUAUCUGUCAUCAGAUCAGGCCUUCACUGAAUUGCAAGACCUGGAAAUCUUAGAUCUAAACCACAACAAACACUACUUCCAGGUGGUGGGGUUAAACCACAGUUUAGCAUUCACCCGCUAUCUGAAGUCGCUAAAAGUCCUUUACUUAAAUUGGAAUGAGAUUAGCUCACUGACAGAACCCCACAUGCAUAGCAUAUCUCUGGAGAAGUUGUACUUCGCAGGGAAUCAUCUGGACAUGAUGUGGAGCAACAGCCAAGGUUUCAACUUAUUCAAAAACCUUACGUGUUUGCAAACUCUUGAUAUUUCCUUCAAUAUGCUGAAAAGGAUUCCUAACAGUGUGUACGAGAACUUGCCAGACACUUUGAAAUAUUUAUACCUGAAUCAGAAUAGACUGGCGUCUUUCAACUGGACUGUUCUGAGUUGCCUACCUUGGCUUGAAGAACUGCAUCUAAGCAAAAACGAACUGGUUCAUGUGGCCACAAGUCUCUCCUCACUGACUCACCAGCUUAAGGUGUUGGAUCUUAGCCACAACAGGAUAGCGCAGCUAUCUGGGUUACUGCUCUCGGAAACUCAGAGUUUGAAGAUUCUGGAUCUCAGUCAUAAUUAUCUGACCACCCUCAAUGAGACCACUUUCCAGACGGGUGAGCCUGACUCUCUCCAAACGCUUCGAUUGGACAAUAAUCCCUUCCAUUGCACGUGCGACCUUCUGGACUUCAUCCUGUGGAUUCGCAUUAGCCCCGUGUUCCUGCCCAACCUGGUGACCAAAGUGCAGUGUUACCUCCCGGAGUCCAAGAGAGGCAGGUCUAUCAUGCUAUCUGACAUUGACAUCUGCAUGAACGAUGACCUCGCUCAAAUCCUCUACGUCGUCACUUCCUCUGUAGUGAUCUUAUCGCUGUUUGUCGCUGUCUGCGCUCACCUUUUUUACUGGGACGUGUCGUACAUCUUCAGCUUCUUGAGAGCGAAAGUGAAAACGCAACGGCCAAACUCUGCCAAGUACGCGUACAAUGCUUUCAUCAUGUACGACACCAGUGACCCGCUCGCCUCUGAUUGGGUGCUGCACCACCUGAGGGUGGAGCUGGAGGAGUGUGACGGCGAGAGGUCCCGCCCUCUCUGUCUGGAGGAACGGGAUUGGAUACCCGGCACGCCCGUCUUGGACAACCUCUCGCAGAGCGUGCGUCUGAGCCGGAAGACGGUCUUUGUGCUGACCGAGCGCUUCCUGGGCAGCAGCCUGUUCAAGAUGGCGGUCUUCCUGGCCCACCAGCGCCUCCUGGAGGAGGGAGUGGACGUGAUGGUGCUGCUGCAGCUGCAGCCGGUGCUGCAGAGGUCCCGCAUCCUGGGCCUGCGCCGCUGUCUGAGGCAGAGCAGCGUGCUCCAGUGGCCCGCCAACCCGGCCGCCCACGACUGGUUCUGGCAGCAGCUCCGCAGCACCGUGCGCACCGAGAGACUCGCCAAACACAGCAGCCUGCACAGGAAGUACUUCUCUGGACGCUAGAGCAAACUGACCAAAGACAGCAGCCUGCACAGGAAGUACUUCUCUGGACGCUAGAGCAAACUGACCAAAGACAGCAGCCUGCACAGGAAGUACUUCUCUGGACGCUAGAGAGCCUCAAAGACUGAGGGGACUACGCAUCGAGAAACUGACCAAACACAGCAGCAGGAAGUACUUCUCUGGACGCUAGAGCAAACUGACCAAAGACAGCAGCCUGCACAGGAAGUACUUCUCUGGACGCAAGAGCAAACCAGAGACGGCUUAUAAAGCGAGACGACUCAUAUGAAGGUCAAUUCCGGUUUCCCUGUGACGUAGUGCCACUCCCAUUUAGGAGGCAAACGGGAGAAAUAAACCUUAUCUCGGAUUAUGACCAUUCCCUUAGCCCUACAUUCAGCAAUGCAAGUAACAAACCCAUAUUCUACAAGGCACACGUCUUUCUAACAUUCCCACAUUGAAAUCGUAUUUUCCAGCGUGAUAAAUGCAUAGAAAAAUAACUUUGUUCACGACCUGUCCCUCCUGACCUGACCUGUCUCCGCUAAUUGCGCAGGCCACCUGUUAUCAACGGCACACUGCUUCUGCUGCUUCUACACUGGUCUAAACCGAUUACUCGUCACUGAAGUGGACACCAUUUCAUUCCAGUGAGAACCCCCUUUAUGAUUCAUCUUAGUAACUAUACGAUCUUUGAGCAAAUUGACCAAAGACAGCAGCCUGCACAGGAGAUACUUCCCUGGACGCUAGAGCAAGAAUGAUAACGAUAACAAUCAGAACACACAUUUAUAAUUAAUCUUUACUCGGUGUAGAUGUGUUGUGUAGACAUUUCAUCUGACAUUUUGUGUACUCCACAAUGUCUUUUUUUUAUCAUUUUUAUUUCAUGUAUCGCUGUUUGGUAUUGCGUUGUAUUUCAUAUCAUUUAUAUACAUUACACAAUGCAUUGCUGGUCAUUGAAUUAGAAUCCUAAAUGUAUACCUCUGUUCAAGCAAAAGAUAUAUGAUUAUAUUGUAUAUGUACUAUCCUGUAUUGUUUGUCAUAACUGGUAUGGUAAUGUAUUACAAGUUGUUUUGACUAACACGGAUGCUUGACGACGGUUGGUUUUGUGUAUUUAGACAUCUGUUGGUUUUGUUCUUGGUGUUUGGGGAGCUCGCCCACACACCCACGGUCAGCACUUUUUCCAUGUAUGAAUGAAUAAUUAGCGUGUUGUGGAUUUACAGUUAGCAAACAGGAGCGGAACAGAGGUUACUACGGCCUAGGGGGUCGAGGAGGGGUCACACAAUUACAAUAAAAUCCCCCUCAGCGCUGGAGGAGUCAGUGGAGAGCGGUGACACAGAGACACAGACGAAUCCAU